AUGGGUGCGUCAGGUCUGAAGCUCAACUUCCUCGUUGCCGGUAUUGCAGCAUGUGCAUUUUGGUUGUUUGGCUACGACAUGAGCAUCAUGGGUGGUCUCAUUACCGAAAAACCCUUCUUGGAAGUUUUUCCUGAGAUGAAAAACGCCAAUGUCCAGGGCAUCGUCAUCGCCUCCUUUGAACUUGGUGCCCUUGUCGGUGCCCUCGCCUGCUUGGACCUUGGCGACCGCCUCGGUCGUCGUCUGACGGUUUGGUUCGGCAUGCUCUUUAUGCUGCUCGGCGGGACAUUACAGACCAGUGCCUGGGUAAUCUCUCAGCUGGUAUUGGGUCGUGUGAUCAGCGGCAUCGGGCUCGGCUUGCAGGUUGCCACCGUACCGUCAUGGCAGUCUGAGUGUGCGAAAGCGCAUAGCCGUGGGCGUUGGGUCAUGAUUGAGGGCGGCUUACAGACUUUUGGCGUUGCUUGUGGCCAGCUCGUUGGUUAUGGCUUCUUUUUUGUAAAGGGUCAAGCACAAUGGCGCACACCCUUGGGAAUUCAGCUCGUCCCAGCCUUGAUCGUCUUCAUAUUCAUCAAUUUUCUUCCUGAGUCGCCCCGAUGGCUGAUCAAACACGGCCUGGUUGAGGAGGGCACAUACAACCUGUCAAAGCUUCGCGGCUUGCCUGUCAGCCACCCCGAACUUGUGUAUGAACGUGAGGCAAUCAUCGCCUCGUUUGAGGCGCAGGUUGAAAUGGCUCCGUUCUCUUACCGAGAAAUGCUGGAAAUGGGCAAGACCAAGACUUUCCACCGUGUCGCCAUUGGAGUCUUCAUGCAAUCAGCGCAGCAAAUAUCAGGUGUUAAUUUAGUCUCGACGUACGCCAAUAAGAUACUGCAGGAGUCGUUCGGCCUCGGCGCCAGCACAUCGCACCUCAUCGCUGCCAUGGGUGGUUUGGAGUAUGCUCUGUGCUCGAUUCUAUCCGUGCUGCUCAUCGAGGGUCUCGGGCGCCGUCGGGCCUUCUUGUGGACUACUGUUGGCAUGUCCUGCUGCUUUGCCAUCAUUGCUGGGCUGCAAAGCACAGACUCGCGCACCUGCCAAUUGGUUGCUGUUGGGUUUUUGUUCCUUUUCAACACCUUUUUUGGUCUCGCCUGGGUCGGAGGACCGUUUUUGUACAGUGCCGAGAUUGCACCCCUGCGAUGCCGCGCCCAGGCUAAUGCCAUGGCGAGCGCCGGCAACUGGCUGUUCUGCUUUGUGGUGGUCAUGAUCAUCCCACCUGCUUUCCAGAAUAUUGGAUGGAAGACGUACAUCAUUUUUGCCAUCCUAAACGCCAGCUUCGUACCUAUCAUCUACUUCUUCCUGGUUGAAACUAGAAAAAGAAGUCUCGAGGAGCUUGAUGUCAUCUUCGCUGCGGGCGGUGACCCGGUCAAGAAAGAAAAAACGAUGCCGUACAAUAUCCCCAUUGAGGAAGCCCGGAGAAUUCUUGGUCUUUCUGAAGAUCCCACUAUCGCCGAAGUACUAGAUCACGACAUGAAGUCGUCGGACUGA